GGACGGAACUGAAUUCCGAAUGCUUUCUACGGAAGAAUUUCUCAGCAAAACAAACGCCAACCGCGUCACUGGCUGCCUUCCUGUUGUCGACAGUUCUUUUCGGAUGAGCAAACCUUUGGUCCAAUUCAACAGUCUGAUGGACCUACUGCCAGGUGUGGUUAAGCGGUACAGGGAAGACUUCUCGAAGCUGCCGCCAGACCAACAAGCGAACUGUGUUUUUUUGCCCUUCGAGGCGGGUUCCAAGAGCAGGCGACAAACGCCGUCCGCGACGAUAGGGAAGACAAAGCAGUUGCCGGGUGGGCCGUCGGGCGCGAAUCUUCCCUCGCCCUCCGUGAAGGGAGGUCGUGAUUUGGCUCAAGGUUCAAGCGAGGCAACGGAGUUUGAUGACAGGCUUCUGCACCAGCGCAAUGUUGGCAGUGAGAAUUCCCAGGGCAGUGCAAUUGCCCUGGACGAGGACAACGACGAGGACGAGGAAGGAGGAAGUGCCGGAACGCAUGACGACGGCGGUUAUGAAGCAGAUGUGGAAGUUGGGGAUGACAACAUGGAGGACCGGGGCAGGCUUGCUGACGAGGACGCCGACACGCCAAUGCAUGGUCAUGACAUCUCCCCCGUCGGCGCUGUGGGAGCAGCUAUUGGUCAGCCCUCGACGUCCCGUGGAAUUUCGCUAUCGCAAAGCAGGAGUAAGGGUGGGCACGGCUCACAUGCAAUGCAAGGACCGAAGGCGAGGAAAAGAACAAGGGAGACUUCUCCGUCUGCUUCUACUCACAAGAGGCAAGCCACGAAUGACGAUGUUAAUGAGGCUCGUGGAGCUUUGACAGCAUCCCAGGAGGCGCGGCCUCCUCGGAAAAACAGCCAAGGGGGGCGAUCUGGGGGUCAAGGCGGUGGCCGUGGGGGCGGUGGUCGUGGAGGGGCGCGGAAAGGCUCCCAGAGGGUGAGACCACAAGAGCUGCAGGACUCGGGGGAUGAGGGCGAGGGAGUGGAUCCUCGCAUGCCCGAAAAUGCUGAUGAGCCGGUUCAGCGUGUCGCGCCCAUCGACACUACGCGUUGUUUCUUCCUCGAAUACGAUGACCAAGGCUUUGCUACGCAAGACGUCCAUGCUCUUCACGUGGACAUCAUGAGAAUCAAACGCAUUCCCCGCGGAAGAAUUCUUUUCAACCACCGCUCGUUGUCUGAAAACAUUGUGCGAGGCAUCGAGAAUGCCAUCGAAAGUUCCAUCAGCACGGACCCGGGGGCGUGGGAUAGGCCCGAGCUCGUGCUUGCGCCAGUUGACCGCAAUGACAUUGUCGGCGGCCAGGGAAGACGGAUCACGCCGACCGAAUUCUUGGAAAGGGACCCGGCAGAGUUCGACUGGUACGCUGUCUGUGGUCAGCAUACCGUUGAGGCCAUGAAGAGAUUGGUCAGAAAGGGCUCCCUGACAAUUAAGUUUAUGGCCUCAACUCGUACUCUAAGGGAAGUUGCGUUGCUCCUGCUCAUGAAGGGGAAGGUGGUCGCAACGAACGUCAAGGUCUUGCCUCCAAGAGUGAACACAGAGUGCCUCCUCGACAUCAUGCAAAAGGAGCGGUACAUGGAGGCUCCGUUUCACCUUAAGGUCUUCAUAUACACUGCAAUCGAUAAGCUCGAUUUGCUUCGCGUCGAGGUGAAACGGAUCGCCUCCAGUGCGCGUCAUAUUGUCCGGGACAAGAUUGGCAAGCAAACGACGUUGCUACCUGUGUGCAUGCCAUCGAAGGAAGUGUUGGCAGCGCCAGACGACAUCGUCGCUGCAGUGCAAAAAAUGACAUGCAGGGCCGCCAUCGUGGACAUCCCAUCCUCGAACUUCAGCACGGCGUGGACCUCUCACGAAUUUGAUGCCUUGCACACAUUGAUGACCAAGUGUUGUGGCCAGAAUUGGGUCCUUUUCUUCUUUGCGCCGCAGAAGGUGCAAAGCGAUGUUCUGCGUCACUUGUUCUGCUGGGAGGACGUCGAAGUCAUCCCCGGGACCUGGAAACGGGUGGACAGGCCACCGAACGACAUCACACGAUACGUCUAUGUGGCUACGGCGAGUCGAGAUAUGAUGACCAUUGUCCUGCACGCCGACGGAGGGGAUCUGAAAAAAGUAACUGUCAAACCCCGACUCCACAACGACCUCACAACCGUGCACGUUGUGGAGGAGAAGUUCGGGAAGUGUCAAGGUAAUAAUGUCCUUGCCUGCGACGAGUCGGCCAAGGACAUUGCAUAUCUGACAAGGUUCAUCGAUAUACUUGUGAAGGAUGAGAGAUUCGCCUGUCAUGUCGAGAAGCCACGUUGCAAACAUCGUAGCAACAGGGACAUGUUCCACAAGUUGGGACGCAAGAGACUGAAGGUGUGGGAAUACAUGUUCCGCGAUGCGCCGCAAGGACGGCUUGACGCGAAUUACAUCUACAGGAAAGCAAAGGUGACAGAGACCCUGAAACAUUAUCACGGUGCACUUAUUAGCGCCUUUGAGACUUUUGUCGCUCGAUGCGAGAUCCUGAAGUUCGAUCUUAAUGAAGACCGGCUGAUGUCCAAGGACUACGCUGACCUUGCGAAAUCGGGUGACGGCUUUAACCCCUUGGAGUACAGUUGGAAAUUUCACGCCCUGCGAACGAGUCCCUCAUGUGGGUCAAUCGACUGGAAGGUCAAUCAAACUAUCGGAACCAUGGAGGAGAGCAGCUCUCAGGAUGUCGUGCCUUUGUCGGCAUCGCCCACCGUACCCACGCAGGCAGGGCAGACGGAGGAUGACGGGAGUAAUGUGGUAAAGACUCAAGAGGUUCACAUGACGUCUAUGCCGCAAAUCUCCGUCGACACGACAGAACCGUCCAAACACAUGGAUGUGUCAAAUGCAUUGUCGUCAGAUGCAGGUGCCACGUACGGGAGUUUAUUACUGACAUCCGCCGCAUUAGAAGGCACAUCCGAAAUGCAGUCAGAGUCAGGUGUUGGCCUGAGCAUGCCGGACAACCAGUUGCAACCGGAGUUAUGCACAGGCAAAGGUGAUGCACAAGUACAUCUGACACCACAGGGAGGGGCCGCUGCGGAUGGUGGGAAGGGAGAGGAUGUGGAGGGAAUCCUCCAUCCUCGCAAUCUUGAGACCUUAACCGAUAAUUUCGAUUAUGGGGGUGAGGGUGGAAAUGACGUGGUCAAUACGAGGGGAAUGUGAAAUGAUCGGUGAGGCGAGACGGGGGCAGUGGAGAGGAAGAAACCAACGAUAUGAUUACAAUGUUAUUCUUUUCUUUGUUAAUUGAAAUCGCACAAUUGACUCGUUUGUUUUUAGUUUCAAAUGGAACUAGUAUUAGUCUUCGUAGGCACUACGACCACCUGAUUUUCUUUUAUGUAUAUAUAUUUUUUUCCUCAAUAUUACGUUCGACCUAAGAUGUUUAGGAUAC